AUGAUUGCAUAUGUAAAGUUUGUUGUACCUUCAGAGACAGUUCACCUGAAACAUGAGGCGAGUGCAUCUCGGCUUUCCUCCCAGGUGGAAGUAAACUAUGGGAAACACUGGGAUGAAAUAAACAACAAGAAGAAACUGCUGAUCAGCCAAGUGUUUAAGAAUAGUUCCAGUUCAUCUCUAGUCAGCUAUUUCAUGGAGUUUACCAUGCAAGUCCUGGAAAAACAGGCGAAUUACAGAACCCAGCUGCAGCACUCGCACAGCUCUCGGGUUUAUUUGCAGAGCAGCACUAACUUGGAGGUGCACUAUAAUGACCAUGUGCCAUUUGUGGCUGGGCUGCAGUGGAAAGACGCAUCUGGAAGUGGCCUGAAGAAGUGGGAAGGUGGAUUAAAUAUAGACACCCCAUGGCUAUAUCUGUAUGCAGCUCACAAACUACAUCAGCCUCAGCAUUCUACUUAUUUAUUGACUACGGAGCUGACAACUGGAAAAGCUCUCUCCAUUAAGAAUCUUGUAGUGGAACUAUUUUACAAAGAUCAAGGCAAUGAAAAGGAAGGGAAAGUUCACAUUUACACACCAGCUACCACAUACCUGCAGGCAUCCACAUUUAAUCGUCUUGGGAGGAAUGUUCUGCAUAGCUAUAGUGAAAUGGUAUCUCUGUGGAAUCAGCUUAUGAAAAAUGAGAUUCAUUUGGAGAAUAAUGAACGAGCCAAAUAUCUCUGCUUUAAGAUAAAGAAUACAAAACAGGAAUUUAACUUCACAGGCAGCUAUCAGAAUCUGCCAAUGCCUAAGAAGACAAACUUUACCAUGAAGACUGUGUGGAAAGACUAUAAGAAUCUGCCUGUCGUGCUGCAGUUUGAAGGUCAGAUAGAGGAGCUGAAAAACGAGAAGAUGCUCUAUCAAAAACGUGGAACCCUUAAUUUCAGGCAUCCUUUUAAAGUACCCAUUCUGCAGAGCUUCCUUCUGCAGGAGACAUUUACUGUUGACAAAAAGCAAAAGCACUAUUUAUUGGAAACAAAAGUUUUGAUAAAUGGGGUGGAGGAAACAGUUCAAACCCUUGUACUUGCUUACCAACCUGAAAACCCCUAUAUUUGUGCUGGCUUAACUCAUCCUUAUAACUACAGUUUGUUCCCCAAAGAUGUUGAAAUAUGCAUUUUAACUCAAAGUCACCAAAAUGUGAUGAAUGGGCUUGAGACUACCUUGAAGGUCAAUAAGGAAGAUGUUUUCAGCUUUCUAGGGAGGUAUCAGGACAAAUCCAGUGGGGCAGAUUUUAGACAUCUUUUGCAAAUGGAUGUGACGCAUUCAUUCCAGCUUGAGUUUCCACGAACAAUGGGCCUAAGUGGGGAGCUGUUUUCCAGGCAGACUAAACUGGAACACUUUGACUAUGGAGUGAGCGUAAAAGUUGUCGUCGACAAGACCGUGUCUUCACAGGCCCAGGCAACCCUUAAGAGAUACAGUGAGAGCAAUUUCAAUGGCUCUCUUUACCUUCAUUCCAAUGGAAGGGACAUGCUGAUGCUGGAGGUUGAUACAAACAAUGAAAAGAGAAAGAAUGCCAGAGUUGUUGAAUUGAGAGCUUUCCUCCAUCAGACAGUCCUGACAAACCCAGAAUCAAUACAGUUCCAGAUCAUGGGCAAAAUAUUUCCUUCAAGGAUCAUAACAAAAGCACCCAAGAAAUUUGAAGAAAAACCAUUCUGCCAAUCGAACGGCAGUCAGGCAAUCCCAAUGGAGGCAAAACUGAAAGGACACCUGGAACUGAGUAAAGAGAUGAAAAGGGGGCUAGCUAGCUUCCAGGUGGAUGAGGAAGCCCUGUCUUUAGAUUUUUCCAAUAUUAUGAGUCCUGAGCACAGCAGAGUCAGUGGGACUUUCACACAUAAUAUCAGCUUAUUAAAAAAUGCAGGAUUCCCCUUGGAUGGCAUUCUUACUGCUGUGUGUGACUGUGGCUCAAGAAAUCGCACCAUCGCUAUAGCCCUACAGAGUGGCAGUGAAAGGAUUGCUGCUGUGUUUGGAGGUCACAGGCUGUCCACUGAGCCUGCUAAAUCCCAGCUAUCUGUUAGUUUAAAGCACAACAUCUCAAAGAUAAAGAGACAUGGCAUCCCUUUUACUGUGGAAGCUGCUGGCUAUUAUGAGAAUUUCACCAAGAAAAUUGCUGCAGGGAUAACAACCACAGUGGAGAUGGAACAGCUGAAAAUUGAAAUAGAGAAGGAAACCACUGGCAGUGCUAUGGAAGUUUCUCUUUCACUUCACCAUGAUGUGGGAGGACUGAUCAACAUUGUUCCACAUGUGCUAGAGUCUCUGGGAAUUGCCAGAGAGAACCAAGUGAAGGUGUCAGCCAUGAGAAGUGACAAGUAUAAGGGCAUGCUUGGCAUUGUCCUUGGGUCUUGCAGUUUAAAAGCUGAUGGAGAAGUAAGCCUGGCAAGCAAUGAAACAGAUACAGAAUGGGUCCUUACUUUUAGAAACAAGUGUGUCAGUCUAGAGAGGAUGGGAUUGCCUCAUGCUGUAGCCUUUGGGGGCUCAUUUCAACAGAACAUCUGCAGCGUUGGCUUGUUAAUGAACCUCCAGUGUGAUGGCAGAACAGUUGAUGUGCAGAUAGACACUUCCUGCGAACACGAGUAUAUGCUCCAAGGGAUGCUCAGGCAUUCAGUUUCCUGGCUGAGUCAGCUUGGGCUGCCUUUUGAAAACUCUGUCCUGUUGUCUGCAGCCACAGACUCUACCACUGAGGGUGUUUUGUUGCUGCAGGCUGGCAAAUGCAAGCUUAAGGCUAGAGGAGAUCUCUGUAUUCAGAAUAAAGCUGAAUGGACACUGGAAACAGAAACAGAAUGUCAGCUUCUGCAGGAUCUCAGUAUUCCAACUCAGUCGCGGAUCACAGGGUCUAUUCAGAAGGACAAGUGCCAAGCGGAACUUCUCUGUGUCCUUGAAACAGAAGGCAAGGCUGCCCGUCUUGAAGUGAGAGCAGAGUGCAAGCCAAAGAUUACACUGGAAGUUCAAUUCAGGCAUGACCUCCCUCAACUGAAGGAAAUUCCAAAGGAAAAUAAGUUGUCCAUUGCUGCACGAAGGCAGAUAAAAUAUCAUAUUGGAAUAGGAAUGAAAUCCGGUGCUUGUGAGCUUCGAAUGAAUGGUGACUUUGACCCUGAAAAGAAGCUUCAGUGGAAAAUGCUUAUAGAAAACAAAUGCCAAACAAUUCAGGAUCUUGGAGCACCAGUAAAAAUUGACAGUUCAGGCUAUGUUUUGAUGGAUAAAAUGAACGUAGAUUCACAGAUGUUUAUCACUGUUGACGAAAGUAAAUUACAAGGACUCCUCAUUCUAAGGGUCACUGAUGAAAGACAAGAAUUGGAUGCGGUGCUAACCCAUAACAUUCAAGGAGCUGCUGACAUUGGCAUUCCUAUGAGGAUGUUAGUUGAUGUGGAAUCAGAAAAAAACAGUGACUUCUAUAAAAGACUUACUCACUUCUGUGUGGACAGCAAGCAAAUUACAGAAGAACUGAGCUUUGUCCAUAAGUUGGAUGUUGUGUCUCUCUACUACAAACUUACUCAUAACAUAGAAGCACUGAAGACUUUGCAAAUCAAAGACAGGAUUGAGUUGCAGGCUGUCUUGAACCAUAAAUUGAUCAAGAGCUUUAGUAUGAAGGUGCAUUAUGGUGCUCACCUAACAGUUCUCGAAGGACAAAUCCAGGACUUUGAGACAAGUACCAACAUAACUGGGAGUUUCCAUCAUACUUGGCCAUGGCUGCUACAAGCCAGGGUCCCAUCUUCUCUACAGAUAGAUGUGGUUUUUCAAGGGAGAAACGCUACUCAAGAGAGAUAUAUGCACAUUGCAGCUGGAGAAACAUCAAUCACAUACAUAAUAAACUCCUAUUAUGUUGCUCAGCAAGUGGAUAUCUUUUGCCAAAGUGUACAUAAUAGUGAGGCACUGCAGGCAGCUGGCUACCCUAAGGCAAUCAGCUUGAUUCUCAGUUUACAGAAAUCGGAAAGCAAAGCCAAGAGUAUCUGUGAAGUCCAGUAUGAUGACAAAGAUUUAACUGUGGCUGUGGAUGUUGACACAGACUUCCAGCUCUAUGGUGUAUUUGAAUUCAUGGCAGAGGUGAAGCAUUCGAUAUCACUUCUACAUCAUCUGGGACUUCCCUUCUUUUUUAAGAUGACAAUUCAAGAGGUUCUGACUGAAAACGAAAUUGAAGGAGUUCUGAGGCUGAUCUAUGAACAAAACACCAACUUCUCCUUCAGCAUCAGUAGGAAAAAAGACCAGCAAGGUGAAGAGCUGAAUAUAAAAGCGCUCCAGACUCAUCCCUUCUUUCUACGGUACUUCCCCAGUGCAGCAGAACUGUCUUCUAAGGUAAAUUAUGACAUGAGUGAAGCAAAAGGCAAUCUCUACCUCAGGAUGGAAAAAGGGGAUUUCAAUGUUACAACUAAGCUAAUGUUCACUGGAACCAGCUACAAUAAUGUCAUUGAAAUAGUCCAGACAAUGUCCCAGUUAAAAAUCCUUCCAAGGCAGUUUACUUUUAUGAUAAUUUACCAAAAAGGCAACAGAACACGUCUGCUGAGGCACAUUGCUGUGUGGGAUGGCAAAGAGAUCAAGGUAACAGGCACUUACACUGGACUCUUCCCAAAGUUGCCCGGAGGUCACGAUGUUCAGGUGGAAAUUUUCCAUCCUCUCUCCAUCCCUUUCCCGUGGCAUGCCAAGGUCGACUUAUAUGUGAAGCAUUCAGCACGCAGUCACCGGGAUGAUCUUACUGUCAUUUGGAAUGAGAAGGACCAGGUACAGCAGCCCAGAGCAAAUACAUGCCAGGGAAUGCAAGUAGGAGUGGAAAUUUUCCAUCCUCUCUCCAUCCCUUUCCCGUGGCAUGCCAAGGUCGACUUAUAUGUGAAGCAUUCAGCACGCAGUCACCGGGAUGAUCUUACUGUCAUUUGGAAUGAGAAGGACCAGAUAUCAGUGUCAUCUUCUCUGAAGUUUGGAAGAGACCGUACAAACUACAGAGCUGCCAUUGCCCACCCAUUUAAUUACACUCUGAAGCAACUGGAGGUCCAUUCCCUGUCAAAAAGAAGAGGCAGAAAGUACAACCAGCAGCUGCAGCUCCAAGGAAAUGGUGGGCAGCCUGCUGACAUCCGACUGGCCCUGGAGGAUAAAUCAAAGGUGAACCACACCACCUGGCGUGGCUGUUUGACACUCUCUUCAGGGCAGCUUCAGAGAGUAUUCAGUAUGGAACACCUGCAUGCAUGUGGGUCUGUAGAGCAAAGAUCAGCAUUGUUUAAUGAGUAUCUAGAUCUGAACUGGGAUGACAAAAAAUUCAAACACAAUUUAACAUAUGAGAGAAAUCACUUCUGGUAUCCUGAUAAAUUUCAGUUAGAAGCUGUUCUGGAAAAUAUUUUCCUGACCUCAUGCACCAAACAGAAGAUUCUGGGUAAAAUGGAAACAAACUACUCCUCUUGCCUGGACUAUUAUAUGAGCUUUGAGCUCUGUGACCUUCCAGAUGUAAUUGUUUUCUCUGGAAGGCACCAGCUCAACAAAGAUGACAUCAUUUUGCAAUCAGAGGGCAGAUUCCGCUUUGGUGAUCGUGAACAAGAUGAGGGGUUGAUUGGAGUAUCCUUAAAAAAUCAGAGUUCAGCUGAUAUGAAGAACUAUUCCUUGGAAAUUGAAUUAAGAGCCUUUGAAGAUAUUUGGCUAGGCCUGACAGGAACUGCUACUUCCUCAUCCGUUCAGAGCCAAAUCCUGGUGGAGGGAAUUAUUGAUCAGAAAGAGAAAGUAAAAGUGGCUGCUUCUAAAGGAAAGGAGUGUUUUCAGUGCUACAUGGGGUAUUUGAAAGGCAAUUUGGAAGAAGGAAUGGAAGUCAGUGCUUGUACUGAUGGGCAACAGAUGGCUACCGUUAAUACCUAUCUCAACAUCAAUGGUGAAAGGCAAGAAAACAUGGGACAAAUGGCUCUGGCAGCUGUUAAUGGAAGCUUGAGUUUUCUGGCUCAUGGAUGUGGGGAUCCGGUUCUUAAGGCUGAGUAUAAACUAAAUGAAAUUGGGAGCCUUCUGAAAGUCAGACUGAUGGAGAAGUUGAAGAAGUUUGAUGGAUAUAUGUGGAGAUUGAGGAGAUCAGUGCAGCACGUUGAUUUUCUGUCGGAAGCAGCGGGCUGGCCCUCAACAGCCUCGCAAAAGGCAGCAGGAUUUCUGCGCAGUGUGGGUAGAGCUGUCGCCCAGGUGUGGAAGCAAAGUGGAAUCAGGCAGAUACUGAGAAGCAAAGUCCCGCUUUACCUGGAUAAAAUUCAAGACGUUGUCCAGCAAAUGCAGAAUGAAUUGCAAAAGCCCCUAGCGACUUUGAAGGAUGCCUACUACGAUGUAACCUUGAAACCACUGGAUGAAGUUUGGCAAGAAAAGACAGAAGAGUGCCUGAGGAAAAUCCAGGCUUUUUUACCCAAGAUCAUAAAAGACGUGUGGCUAAUGGAACCAAUCCAGGUGGCAUUAAAGGCUGUGAAAGCAGGCUUGGAUAUGGCCACACAGCAGAUGCUCAGGUGGGCAGAGGCCAUGUUUUCUCGGGCUGUGAGCAAGAUCCGGAAGCCUUUACUCAACCUUUACAGUUUUUCAGCCAGGAACUGUUCAGUGGCAGUAAAACUGCCGGUACUUCCUAAAGCAGACCGCUCCUUGGAUCUGGCAAAUAUUACUAAUUAUCUCAUUGAAGAAAAGCUAAUGAGGCCCCUCCAAGACCUCUACAAUAUCAACAUAGUUGCAGAGUAUUAUAGAUUCAAACGGAGGAUGAUGGAGAGUCCCUUUGAACAUCAUGCCAUGUUAAUAGGGACCAAGCAUCUUAUGACUUUUGAUGGGAGAAUUUAUGAUUUAGCAUCAAAGUGCAGUGUACUUCUUGCCAAGGAUUUUGUUCACGAUACUUUCACUGUAAUACUAAACGAGGAAACUGGUAACUCAAGAUCAUUGUAUGUGGAGAUGAACCAGACCGUGAUCAGUAUCUAUCCAAGACUGAAGGUAUCUAAGAUGUAUAACUUCUCCUUUAUGGAAGAGAACUGCCAAGUACUGGAUCAGUCCCUUGAAAUGAAUAGCACUAAUUCAAGGAGAGAAACCAACAAAAUAGAAGUGUCUAAUCAGAAAGGAGUCUCUGUAUCUUGUGACUUUCAGUAUGGUCUCUGUACUGUCACUCUGGCUGGAUGGCACCAUGGUAUUUCAGCUGGGCUUUUUGGUACCAAUGAUAACGAAGCUGGAAACGAAUGGAUGCUUCCGAAUCGCUCCUUCACUGACAACGUGCAAGAGUUCACACAGAGCUGGCAGGUAAGCAAGUGCAGCCUCGUACAGAAGAAAGCGAAGCCAUGUCCAAUCACAGCUAAGCAAAACGUCUGUGAAGUGUUUUUUGAAGAAUCACAUUCACUUCUUAGGAACUGCUUCAAAGUUGUGGACCCUGACCCGUUCUACAGCAUGUGCAGGUCUGACUCCUGUGGCUCCCGGGCGCUGGAGGCUGCCUGCAGUUUAGCAGCAGCUUUUGUUCAUUUGUGCAACCGAAAUUUUGUCCCUGUGGAAAUGCCUCCUCAGUGCUUGAGCCAGUUCUGAAUGGCAGAUACCAGCCCUGAAGAUGGAGGAACCCUUUCAGCACCCAAAAUAAAACGGCUAUUUUAGGUGGACAAGCUAGAAGCAAUAGUGGGGAGAACAGUAAAAGUGAAUGAAUUAGUGUUAGAACUAUGAAAAUAAGCUUUUCACUCAGAAACACCUGAGGGUAAGAGGAAUGAUUUGAGUACAGAGACAAGAAACUACAAGCAACCAGAAGAAAUUGGACUUAAAAAGACUUCUCCCAUUUAGUAGCCAAGUAGCCUCUUCACAAGCCUCGAGCCAUAGCAUGAACACUUUUAAAAGAUGACAAAAUGUCUUUCCCAGCUCAGAUGAGUACAAGUGUUUUGCUUUGUGAAAGCAGCAUAUCAGCUUUGAACCUGUGCAGAGAUGGUGACUGCUUUUUUCUCCAGAACUGAAACUGAGCUCUUCAGUAAAUUCUGGAGAAAGUGCCCUUUUUCCCAGGAAGUGACCCAACACGCAAGAGGGCUAAGAUAGAAAUAGGAUGGUUAAAUAAUUUAAAGCAUUUAAUAAUAUUCUCAUUUUUAUGCUGUUUGAUUUUUCCCUUAUUAAUGUGUACCUUGUUAAAUGAGACUCAGCUUUCUUGGGAUCUGUUCUGCAGUUUCACGUUCUCCCUUUGUGUCUUUAGACCCUCCUUCUCAGAACUUGGGUCACACGUUGGGAAAAGGUGACGGAUGCCUGUCCUAUCCAUAAAGCAGUCAUAAGGUGUCACAGAUACUGGUGUGCGGGUGUCUCAUCUGUUAAAUUAUUUUCUGUAUUUUAGUUCUACUGAUUAAAAAAAAAGCAUUACAUUUCUUCCCACAGUACCAGGAAUGCAGUUAUUCCUUAGUAAAAGGUAACACUGCUGAAUCCUUCAGAUGUCUUUGCAUAUUAUGCAAACAUUGAAAUAACUGUGUUCUGAACUAUGAAAUAAUGCUAAUAAACAUCUGGCUUCCUUAUUUU